UUUCUGUCUCUCAGAGAUCAGAGCGAUGCAGAAGGGCUCUGAUUCCUCUUCUCUGGUUCAUCUAAAUAUUGGAGGGAAGAAAUUUUGCACAACUGUUGAUACAUUGACUCAGUGCGAGCCCGAUUCGAUGCUCGCUGCGAUGUUUAGCGGUCGCCACACAGUGUGCGAGGACCCCGAAAAGGGAUAUGUUUUUGUUGAUAGGGAUGGGAAGCAUUUUCGGCAUAUUCUCAAUUGGUUGAGGGAUGGUGUUGUUCCCACACUAAAAGACUCUGAAUAUUCAGAGCUUCUUCGGGAAGCAGAAUACUAUCAGCUACGUGGACUGAUAGAUGGAAUUAAUGCUAUUCUAAAUAAGAGGAAGGAAGACGAUGAGAUUAAUACGGAAUUGACACGACUUGAUAUCAUCAAGUGUAUUCAAUCUGAGAGAGUCAGAUUUCGAGGGGUUAAUCUUUCUGGUCUUGAUCUUUCAAAACUGGACCUUUCGCUUGUGGAUUUCAGCUAUGCUUGUCUUAAAAAUGUGUUCUUCUCACGUGCAAACCUUCAAUGUGCUAAGUUCCGGGAUGUGGAUGCUGAGGGCUCCAUCUUUCACAAUGCUACAUUGCGUGAGUGUGAAUUUAAUGGGGCAAAUCUUCGAGGAGCCUUAUUAGCUGGAGCGAAUCUUCAGAGUGCUAAUCUACAAGAUGCUUGUUUGGUGGAUUGUAGUUUCUUUGAAGCAGAUCUGCGAUCUGCACACCUACAGAAUGCUGACCUUACUAAUGCCAAUUUGGAGAAUGCUAUUCUGGAAGGAGCCAAUUUAAAGGGGGCGAAGUUGAGUAAUGCCAACUUAAAGGGUGCAAACCUUCAACGAGCUUAUUUACGGCAGGUCAAUCUUCGGGAUACACAUUUGGAAGGUGCAAAACUUGAUGGUGCCAACUUGCUCGGAGCGAUCAGAUGACAAAAGCCGUACGCAGGUGGAUGGGUUGUCACUGUCAGUCUCAAUGUAUAAGCAGCCUAUCUGAUUAUCAUCCCUCUUCGUCCUGCCAACACUGGAAUCCCUGAACGAAAAUAUUUGUGCAAAUUGUGGAUAGUUGCAUUCAUAAUUUAUUCACUUAACAGUUGUGAAUAGUGUAGCUGUUGCUUGUAAUGCUUAGCACAAACCAAGGUAAAUGUCUCAUUUGCUUCUGUUUAUAGCAGAAUAUGCUUUUACCACAUAACACUGCUGUUGUCAAGAAUGGCUUUGAAAAGAUGCCUCAGUGUUUUGGAACGAGGAUGCUGUGGUUUAUGGCUAGUGCUCUGUAGUAAAAGGACCAGUUUGAGAUACCUAGUUGUUACAUAAGAAAUACUGCGUAUAAUUCUAAGUUUU